AACGAAGAAAAUGAGCACAGCCAUAAAUAAAUAGUGUCUGGGCGCGUUCUUUCGUUGGUUCUCUCAACUACCAUCGUCCAUGGCGGUUUCGGGGUUGAGAGGCAAUGGUUUGCCUUUGUUCCAUCAUCGGUUCCUUCCAUCUCCUCCUUCCUUUGCGAAGCUCAGCGUUCUUCGUUCCAAGCCAAAGGCCUUCACUCUCUUCGCUCGCUAUGCGCAAGCACAAGACCUCUUCUCCUCUCGUCGAUUCCAAGAUAGCAUGGAACAAUUGCCGAAGCUGGUGGAAGACAUUGUUCAGACAUCCUUAAACACUGGUCCUAGGGGUGUUCUUAGGUUGGCUCAAGGACUUCAAGCCUUCAUUGGCGUUGGUCAAGAGUGGUUAACUGAUGUCUCUAAGUCAACAAAUUCAACUGCCGGGUUACCAACUGAUAUGCAGCUACUCUCUCCCUUUUAUUUGAGGAGGUUGUUUGAGCGCAUGGGCGCAACCUACAUCAAAUUAGGUCAGUUCAUAGCAUCAGCACCGACACUGUUUCCAUCUGAGUAUGUACAAGAAUUCCAAAAUUGUUUUGACAGAGCUCCUCCUGUACCUUUUGAGGAAAUUCAAUUUAUUUUGCGUAAGGAACUUGGAAAACCACUAGAGAGUAUUUACGAAUAUGUUGACCCAACACCCAUUGCUUCUGCUUCUAUAGCACAGGUUCACGGUGCACGGUUGAAAGGCUCUCAGGAGGAUGUGGUUAUAAAGGUCUUAAAACCAGGAAUUGAGGACGUAUUGGUGGCAGAUCUUAACUUUGUUUAUGUUGUUGCUCGGAUACUGGAGUUCUUGAAUCCUGAAAUAAGCCGGACAUCACUGGUUGGUAUUGUCAAAGACAUACGGGAGUCUAUGCUUGAAGAAGUUGACUUUUACAAGGAGGCUGCAAAUAUUGAGGCUUUCAGGAGAUAUUUAGAAACAAUGGGACUCACAGGGGAUGCAACAGCUCCAAAAGUGUAUCAGUACUGCAGUACACAGAAAGUUUUAACUAUGGAAAGACUAUAUGGAGUUCCUCUUACUGACCUAGAAUCCAUAAGCUCAUUUGUUUCUAAUCCAGAAACCAGCCUUAUAACUGCCCUCAAUGUGUGGUUUGGAAGUUUGCUUUCAUGUGAAUCUUUUCAUGCAGAUGUACAUGCAGGAAAUCUGUGGCUUCUACGUGAUGGCCGGAUUGGAUUUCUUGACUUCGGAAUUGUUGGCCGUAUAUCCCCCAAAACGUGGGCUGCUAUGGAAGUCUUCUUGGGAUCAAUUGCCAUUGAAGAUUAUGGUUCAAUGGCUUCUGCCUUAAUUGAAAUGGGUGCUACAAACAAGGAUGUUGAUGCUAAGGCUUUUGCCAAAGACUUGGAAAAAGUAUUCUCAUCAAUUAAGGAGUUGGACACUGAAAUAGUUGUAGCUGCUGCAAGUGGAACAACCACAAACGCAACUGCUGUCUCUGCUAAUAUAAUUGUUGAUGAGAGGCAGAUGAAUGCACUCUUUCUUGAUGUGGUUCAGGUAAGCGAAUCAUAUGGAUUAAAGUUUCCUCGAGAAUUUGCACUUCUUCUGAAGCAGCUCUUGUACUUUGACCGGUACACCCGUUUGUUGGCACCCGAUUUGAACAUGCUUCGGGAUCAGAGAAUUUCCAUUGCCUCCAAUAGAAGAAGCAGAUAUAGAGACAAUUUUUAAUGAGUCAGUACACAAAAUAUAGAUGUACCCCAUUUUAGUUCUAAAGAUUUUAUUUGUAUUAUUACUUUGGUAUAUAAAUAAAAUAAUCCGUAGUUGUCGUGAGAGCCUAGCUCACUUGAUUGCGAUAUUUGUUUGCUAGUUCUCGGGAUGGAUUUCAACAUCCUUGAAGACGCUCUUUUCUGCACUUCUUUUAAUGUCAAAGCUCUUGUUGACUUGACCUGGCUCCUGUCGUAUCCUUUUGUUGGGAAUGUGAUCCAUUUUGAAGGUUGGUAUC